AUGGGUCAGGUAAUCUUGGAGGCGAAUGGAUCCACAGAAGUCAACGACUUGAAGAAAGCUGGGUUCCCAAGAUCGAAAUUGUCUAUGAAGGAUCAUAUGUUCCUCACAUCCAAAGUCAAGGAAAGAGAGACGUCCGUAUCAACUUCCGUGCAGUUGAUGUAUCGUGACAAUGCGACCGAAUGCGUCGCUCGUCUGAAACUUUGCCCCGAGAAAGCUGGGUUCGAGAGCGAACUUUUCAAGCUUGGAGAUGCUUGCCCACCUAGCAAUAAUGUCAUCAUGCUAACUGACCUUGAGAGUCCGCUCGUGGCGGCCAUGUCAGGAAGCGAAUUUUUGCAUCUGCAAACGCUUUUAACUGACUCUGCAAAUGUCCUCUGGGUGACUUGUGGAGAUCACCUCGGAGCCGGUGUUGAUCGCGAGGCCGCAAUGACACAAGGACUUUUACGUACACUCCGCUCUGAACGAGUUUCGCUCAAGGCAAUGCUGGAUUCUUUCUAA